AUGGCUGACGAACCUUACCCCUGGGAAGCAACACAUAUCGUCGCCGCUGCUGCCGGUGAUAUUGCAACACUACAACAAGAGCUGGACAAAGGGGUGGGUGUGAACGACACUGAUCACGAAUAUGACCAAACCCCAUUGUUCUGGGCUGCUGAGAAAGGACAUGAGGAUGCUGUGCAGCUGCUCAUAAGAUACGGCGCUGACGUCAACUUCAUUGAGCCUAAUCUUGGUAGAACGCCCCUUUUGGCGGCCACUGCCAAUGGUCAUGAAGCCGUGGCAAGGCACCUAAUUGAGGCCGGCGCCCAUGUCAACACCAGGGAUGCAAGUUGCGAGACACCCUUGAUCGUGGCGGCGAAAGAUGGCAGCAUCUCGUUGGUGGAGCUCUUGUUAAAUGCAGGGGCCGAUAUUGAUGUCAAAGGAUGGCAUUGUGGCCAGACCGCAUUAUCUCUGGCAGCGGCCAAUGGACACACGGACAUUGUCGAGUUCUUACUUCAGAACAACGCCUCGACAGAUCUCGUUGACGAAACUGGUCGAAAAGCGCUGGCAUGGGCUAUCGAAGAAGGACAUGAUGACAUUGUUGAGAUUCUGGCAAACCAAGAGGCAGAUGCGGGCUCCAGGGGCGCCGAUAAAGAGGGCUUGACAAGUGAAACGAUCUUUUCAGCGUAUCCCGAUGUCAGUGGAGGCUCCAAUGAAGACCGUCUCGAAUGGGCUUUUAAGCAAGGAUACAUCUCGGUCGUUGAGGAGAUUCUGGAGCAGGCUGUUGACCUGGAGCACAGAGACGAGACUGGAAGGACACCUCUCGUACUCGCUGCGUCAGAAGGCCAUAUCAAGCUAGUUAAGCUUCUGCUCGAGAAGAAUGUCGAAGUGGACUCUAAAGACGAGGAAGGGAGGACUCCUCUCUCAUACGCAACCGGAAAUGGGCACAUGGAAGUUGUAACUCUUCUCCUGGAUAAUGGGGCUGAUCUUCACUCUGAAGACGACCAAGAGAUGACCCCGCUGACAGUUGCGGCUUUGAGAGGGCACGAUGCGAUUGUGUCUCUCCUACUGGAAAAGGGGGCUGACCCAAAUCAUUGGGACGGCAAUGGAUUCUCGCCUCUAUUACACGCUGCUUCUGAGGAGCAUGCGGGGAUAGUGUCCAUGUUAUUUGAAAGGGGUGUAGACCCAAACACUCGAGACAAAGAAGAAGGCAAGAGCGUAUUGACCUGGGCGGCAAGCGAUGGCCACUUGGAGGUACUCAAAUUGCUCCUCGCGAGAAACGUCUCAUCCAACGACGAAGAAACCGACCAAACACCACUUACUCUGGCUUUGGACAAUGCAAUCGACACAGAGGAUUAUUCAUCCGUUAAGCUACUCCUUGAGCACGGCGCACAGCCUUUCUCAGAAGUAUACUGGGAUAAUGUUCCACCUUUGGAAGUCGCAGUAUCAAACGGCCUUGAUGAGAUGGUGGAGCUUUUUCUCAAGGUCAAACCUGCUUCGAGCAAAGCCAAGCAAGAGCAUGUCCGAAAAGCCAUCUGCCAGGCUGUGGAGAUGGACAGGGUGAACUUGCUUGAUUUGCUGUUUAAGCACUAUGCUCCUGAAGACCCAGAUGCUGAAACGCCGCUACAAUGGGCAAAAGGCAAAUGCUGCGGGUCGGAGGAGGCUGUCCGCCUCCUGAAGCCAUACUUUCCAAAUGAGAUGGAGCAUACCGACAACAAGAAGAGGAAGCAUACUCAGGAUCACGAUUAG